CGGCCUUUAAGGGGCGGCCCCGCGGCCAUCUUGGGCAGAGGCGCGUGCGCGGUGCGGAGCGGCAGCCGGAGCGAUGGGGCCGGGACAGAACUGCACCGUGCGGGCUGAAUGGGUUGCUGCAGCCUCCAUAGCUGCUGGAGCAGCUGCUCUUGGAUAUCUAGCUUACAAAGCAAUUCUUUGUAAAGACAAAGCCUCCAAAGCAAUGGUGAACCCCAAUAUCCAGAAGGAUAACCCCAAGGUAGUCCAUGCCUUUGAUAUGGAGGAUCUGGGAGACAAGGCUGUGUACUGUCGUUGUUGGAGGUCCAAGCAGUUCCCACUGUGUGAUGGCUCUCACACAAAGCACAACGAGGAAACUGGCGACAACGUUGGGCCUCUGAUCAUCAAGAGGAAGGAGGCGUAGAGUGAACACUAGAAGCUCCAGAAUCAAUGUCUGACAAAUCCUCUGUUCUCUUGUAAUUGGGGGGGAAAAAUCCACAAAUUCUUUGUCAUAUCACUGAAGACUUCCCAUUUAGUAUAUACAUCAGGCUUCAGCAUGUAUAUUUUCUCUGGUACUUGUUGUCUUUCAAUCACUACAAUGCAUAAUUUAUUAAGUAGUUAUGGUUUAAAUUUUUUGUCCUGUAAAAUGUGUGUACCCUCUCACUAGUGUGAAACUAAAAUGAGGCACAGAAUGUACUUCAUCAGGAAAUAGGUAUUAAAUUAUUUUCAGCUACAUGUGUAUGGAAAGGUAGAUAAUAAAAUCCUGGAGAGGUUAAGAGGUAGAUAGAUAUCUAUGUAAAAGGCAGUGGCAGGGAAGAAAUCACAGUGCCAUCUUUAUCUCUGAUUGUGCUGCAUUUUCUGCAGGUGUCACAUUUGUCUACUACACUACAGUGCUCUAUGGCUUCUGUAAAAGAACAAAUUCAAAUUGCUAGCUAUGAACAGACAACAGAAAAGGCUGAAAGAUGGGGCUAGAGGGCAACUUUACCUUUGAUUUACUGCAGCAUUGAAACUUGAUACUACUUCUGUUUGGUAUCCAGAAAACACUAUCCAAACUGCAGACCUGUAUUUAGAGUAGGAUUAGGGAAAUAGUCUCUAGAGAUUUCUUAAUAGAUGAAUGAAAUGACACAAAGUGCUCCAGGAGUGGUGGGCAGUGGAGGUGGCAGGGUUGCUAUUGCUGUUAGAGAAAGCCUUAGUUUCACUUGCAUUCUUUCAGUGAAGCCAACUUCCCCAGACCACAGGAUGCUUCUGUGGGGUGGCUCUGCUGAUUAAUUCCAGAAGCUAAAAGAAAAACUAAAACCCCCACCUGUUAUCACCUCUGCUUCACCAUUGCACUGGCUGGUUCUGGAAAGCUUUUCCCACUGACAAGGGAGGAGGCAUACCUUUUUCUUAAUAUGUGGCCUUAGGCUCUAUGUGUCUUAACUCCUGCCUCCCUGGGCUGCUAACGUGGUUCAGCUGAUUUUACCAAAAAACCCUGGCAUGGACGAAGAAAGGCUUUGAAAACAGAUAGAAACAAGAAGGGAGGGAAGGAUGAGACAGAGGAGAGGUCUUAGCCUCCUUACCCAUGGCACUUGUCUUGUUUGGCGUGGUUGCAUUAGUGGCUGUCCCGUUGGUUUCCUUAAAUAGCUUUGCUUUGUUAACAUGCAUGUAAGUACAAAGCAAAACCCAAAGAGGGGGGCAGCAGGGGGCAGUUCUGUACUGCCCAGUCCAUGAGUGGAACUGUGGCCUGCAUAAGAUUGAGCUCUGAAUGUCCUCGGACAGAAACUACCUCAGGGCUACAUCAAAGGCCUUGUUAGGAAGCUGACAUUUUAGCCUGGACCCUUAAGGAUUCUUCUUCUUCAGAUGAUCAGGGCAGGAGAGUUCUGUUUGCUUUAUUUUUUUAGGGGUGGUUAGUACAACACGUUAAAACUGAAGAUGUUUUGCAUAGUUUCUGUGUGAGGCUUUCAGAGGCUGAGGUCUUGGCCAGCUGGUGUGGAUUUGGGCAGAAGCCCAGAAUGUAAAGAAGGAGGCACAGGUAGAGAAAGGUGGAGUGUCAGAGUCAGGGCACUACUGUCCAAGAGACCUCUUGACCUGAAAGAAGUUGCAGUCAAAUAUGUUAGUUUGUCUGUUCUGUCUGAGUGUAAAGACUUGAUAUUUUUUACUUUGCUGAGUGCUAAUACAUAUGGAAAGUUGUUUUAACCUUAAAUUAUCAAAUACAUUUUAUCCAAAGCAAAGUAACUUCUGUAUUAUUAGAAUAUGACAGUGGAUAUUUCUGUAUUUUUGUCAAAUACACAUUUGAGCUCAUCUUAAUCUCAAGGUUGUAAAGUCUGUGUUCUCAUGGCUAUGCUCUUUCUUUCAGUAGAGCUGUACAGUGCUGCUGUAGUCAUGAACCUGUGUGUGGAGUGGAUUUUCCUUCUGAGACUCCUUUUCCUGUCAACAUCAAAGCCUGGCUGCUCCUGAGGAAUAGAAAUUCAGUGUUAAUGGUCUGAGAAAUGAAGUCCUGAGGUUUCAGAUAAGUCUCCUGAGUCAUUAAACUAUUUUGUGGAGUUUGCCAAUAAAAGAUUUCCGGCAGUUUGGGCGUCAGGGAAA